AUGUUUCACCACCAUCAUCAAUCUCACAAUGUCAACUCUAAUAUUGAUAUCUAUUCAACUCCAAUAAGGGGUGAAAGUUUAGACGAAAAUGAGAUGGAGUAUGAUGAUGAUGAGGAGGAUGAAAAUGAAGGAAAUGAUCAAGAUGAUCAAUAUGGUAAAGAUGGAGGAAAUUCUGUUCAUCAUUUUGAUGCUAGUCUUUACACCCAACCAUUGUUUCAACACUACAACCAAGGGUUUAGGAUGAGGAAACAUGUAUUUUUACGGAUAAUGGAAGCUGUCUCCAACAACGAUCCAUGGUUCACUCCCAACAUUGAUGCAACUGGUAGAAAAGCAUACGGGGUGGCUGCUGAUCAAGUAGAUGAGUACCUCCGAAUUAGCGAAAGCACAGCACGAAAAGCACUCACUCAUUUCACAAAGGGAAUAAUCAACCAAUUUGGGCAACAUUAUUUGAGAAAACCAACACCACAAGAUUUGACGAGAUUAUUAGCCUUUAGUGAAGAACGAGGAUUCCCUGGCAUGAUUGGUAGUGUUGAUUGCAUGCAUUGGGAGUGGAAGAAUUGCCCAGCAGCAUGGAAAGGGCAAUAUCAAGGCCGAGCUGGUGUUGCAACAUUAAUUCUUGAAGCUGUCGCCGAUCAUGACCUAUGGAUAUGGCAUGCCUUUUUUGGGAUGCCAGGUUCAUAUAAUGAUCUCAACGUGCUAUAUCGAUCACCUCUUUUAGUUGAUUUGUUUGAAGGAAGGGCACCACCUGUCAAUUUCACGGUGAAUGGAAAUCAAUACGGCAUGGCUUAUUAUCUCACUGAUGGCAUUUAUCCUAAAUGGGCUACUUUUAUUCAGUUUAUUACUGAACCGCAAACAGCAAAAGCAAGGUUAUUUGCCCAACAUCAAGAAGCAGCAAGAAAGGAUGUGGAGCGAGCAUUUGGGGUGUUGCAAGCUCGAUUUGCAAUAAUUAGAAAGCCCUCACUUGCUUGGGAUGAAGAACGACUCUUUGAUAUAAUUACUUCUUGUAUAAUUAUGCAUAAUAUGAUAGUGGAAGAUGAAAGAGAUACAUAUACACACUAUGCUGAUGGUAGAGAGUUCAUGGGAGAUCGCCCAAAAGGUCAAUCAGAUGAUACAAGUGGAUUAAAUGAUGACUUUGAGUAUUACACAGAUAGAAUUUUGAUAUCAAUCGAUAAUUGGCAAAUAAGGAUGAUGUUGAAGAUCGACAAACACAUUUAUCCUUAA